UUGCCAACGGAAACUGAAGAGAACAUCAUCGAUCUACUUUGGGAUGACGUUCACGCUCUCCGUUCUUGCUCUUUGACCUGUCGCGCAUGGUUGCCUCGUAGCCGCCUCCAUCUCCUCUACGCCAUCAUUCUUCGGAAUAGAGAGCAUCUGAUUGCGCUCCAGGACACUCUCGAGAAGUACCCUGCCAGACGACUCUUGGUGCACUCGGUGACCACCGCGCCGAAGCCCAGGAAAUCAAGUCCGCGCUCACUCAUCGAAGUCUUCCCCCUCGCGUUGCUGAUGCAACUAUCGAAUCUGCGAUGUUGGAAGAUCAGUCAAACGACCACGAAGGUGAUCAAACGUCGGGAAGCGCUCUCAUUCCACCGCACGACCCUCACCCGUCUGCGAUACUCUUCGAUAGACGAGCUCCAUCUCACCUCCAUCCGCCUUGCCUCCUGCACGGAAUUCAUACGUCUCAUUCUGGCCCUCCCCCGCUUGCGAAAGCUUCAUUGCGAUGACCUG